AUGAGCAAAGUUGGUGCAUUAAGAGCCGUCACUCACCGUUUGAACAAUACACCAGUAAAGGAACUGCCUCACAUUGCCGGUUUCCUAGCUUCUUCAAUUCUGGAUUGCGCGGAUACCCUGAAAUCUACAUCAGGUCUAUCCGCUGGCAGGGUUGAUGAUCUGUCAUUGCAGGCCCACAAAUUGAAAGCGAGAUUAGCCUCACUCCUUCAAGACCGGUCCGCUGAAGGACGAUUUACUGCUAUCAUCCUCGUAAAGGCCACUAUUGAGGCUGGGGGGAGAGAGAUUCUUGGAUUGUGCGAGCCUUGGUUGCGAGGUUUGUUAGCUAUUCUGAAUAGACCAGAUCCGGUGUCGUCGAAGCGACUUUGCCUCCUUACAAUUACACGCAUAUUCUCCUUGACUCAGCAGUAUCCAACUUUGAUACGCGAGGUAACUACUCCGCUGCUACCAGCUUUUGUAACAGUGUGCUUGAAUCUGGGUGGGUUACACCCAUCCAGGAGUGAUGAAGCUCCGUCCACUCGAUCGAUUCCAUAUCUCGAGACAGUCCUUCAAUGUAUGCUUCAUCUCAUACCUGACCAUCCCAGCACGUUUCGACCUUUCGCAUCGAAGCUUUACCCUGUUUUGGCCAAUCAUCUCAGUGGUCAGUUCACGUCCGAUGGCAUCACUCGUCUCGUGCACUCUGUUUUCGUGACCCUUCAUUUUUGCGCUCCAAAAAAUACAGCCCACGAGCAGUGGUUCAAGGCUUAUCAAGCAGUGGUUUCAUCACUUCACGGCGUUGCGGACGAGGUUCUUCGAGCUGUCGUUGAAGACUGGGAAUCUUCCGACAGCGCUCGCCGGCAGGGUUCUGUGCGUAAGACUUUCGACAGACUACCUCACAGCAAAGAAAACGACCCGCUUGGGGUCCCGCCUUGGGAAGGGGUCUACCAAGGUUCGAGGGUCUUGUUGUCGUUACUACGACUUCUCAAGACAUUCCUCCUCUCACAAACGUCGCAAGUGGUCAGUUUACCUCUUGGGCUCACUCUGGAUCUGACUUCACGGUUGCUACAUUUGCGAGUCCCGGCAAACAGCAAAGAGAGCCAAACGAAUGUUCGCUUCAACCCUGAAAUUGAACGAGAAGAACGAGAAGAGCUGUUGGCUAUUCUUCCAGAGAUACACCAGUCCACACUAGAUCUGCUCUCUUCACUUGUGCAGGCGAUUGGCUCCAGUAUAUGGCCUGCAAGUCACACUAUUGUCGAGCAAUGUCUCUGGAUAUUCGGGUCAGAAAGCUCAAACGAGAGCAUUCGCAAAGCCACUUAUAACCUAUUCGGAAUUCUCAUGCCACUUACCGGCCCUGCCACGACGAAAGAUAGCUUCAAGCCACUAGCUGCAAUCGCCGAGCAAUGCUGCAAAGAUAUCCUUUCAGGAAGCUCUGAUAGCGAGCCACUCGACCAGAGCAAAGUUGGAUUGAACUCUAAGCCUCUGCUUAAUGGGCACGCUGACUCGUUCUUACAACCCUCUUCAAAGAGGACCACCAAAUCACAACCGCAAAUCUCGGCAAUCCAGACUGCAGCUUUAAAAUUUAUGUGUCAGCUGCUUGAACACGUACCCGCCAAAGCAUUUCCUCAUUCGCUUCGAGCACAGAUUGAUCGUACCGCUAUACUUAAGGAUCAGAAACGUGCAUUGUUAGCAAGCGUCCUGAAUCCAGCUCCCAGGACAACAGGCAAGUUUGCAACACCAAGCAUUAUGCCAUUUCUAGUCCGAACGUCACAGGACGAGCUUGAAACCGAAGGCCUGUUGAGGCCAAGAAUGCCUGUGAUUCGAGAAGCGGAAGCAUCAGCUUACGAGCUAGAAACGGAUUCUAAUGCAGGGGUGGAGUUGGAGCACUCUAAGGACGCAGUAUCUUCUGAGGGACCAGACCCAGAAAUUCCAAAACAGCCGAUAGUUCAUGGCUUAGGUAGUCAGAACGAUAUUCUAGACCGGUUAGGGGACUCCAUGCAAGAUGGGGCGGCGACAGCGUCCAAUGUCGAACCUCAGCAAACCACUGUCACUUCGAAUCAAGCCAACAUCGAGCCACUUCCACAGCAGACGAACGGGAGUUCGCAUUCGAAUCAUGCCGCGAAGCGCAACUUCGACUCAACUGAUAACCACGAAGUAGAGGACACCUCAAGCAAACGGAUUCGAGGCAGUGAGCUCGAUCGAGAGGCCAAUCCAGGCUUAAAGCUGGCAGCGACGAGCCCGAGUGCUUCUGCUUCGACACCAGCAAUGGUUGUUAAUCCAGGACCCGCAAUGCAGGUGGAAGUCGGUGCAGGUGGGGCAGCGCCAGACAAAGGCAAGGCCAGAGCCACAAGUGUUUCUCCAAGACCAGAGGAGGGCGUCAAUACUAUGUUUGAGAACAAGAACGUGGAUGCAGAAAAGGAGGAGGAUAGUGACAGUGAUUCCGCCAUACCUCCUCUUUAUCUGAAGACGACAGAUUCGGAGAACGAGGAAUAUGAUGAGGAUGAUGAUGAAGAUAUGCUCUGA